UUAGUUAGCCUCUUUCUCACAAACAAGUCGGUUGUUUUUGCGCUGUUGGAGGAGUGAAAUUCUUAGCCGCGCUAUUGUUUUUGUUGUUUGCGUGGCGUUGUGUUUAUAACAAUAACAACAAGUGAUUAUCACUGGAAGACAUGUUCUGUUCAAGUAGCUAAGCAUAUGGCUGGCUAAGAAAAAAAACACAAGGGUUAUAACCCUUUUUUGGCCGAAAUACGAGACUGUCCUCCGGGGUUACUUCAUUCGGUCUGUUAUUUUGGCCACCUCCCAGUUCCUUCAAAAUGGUUCGGUGGAGCGCGCGGUCGCGGCGCCAAGCUCGCCAGGAUAAAGUGGAGCUAUUGGCCAGAAACAACAAAGUGAAUGGCGAGGACGAUACCUCCGAUAACGCCGCCUUUCGCAACUCGACUGACCUAUCCGACCACGAUGAGAUCUUCCUCAAGGGAUUGCUGCGUAGUAACUCCAACACGCCCCACAAGGAACUGAUGCUGAAUCCGACCGAGCCGCAGCCAGUGCCACUAUUCCUGCCCGCUCAUCUGAACAACAAGCCCAUCUGCGACGACAUCAUCCGCAAGUUCUCACCCUCGAGGCGCCUGGAGUCGCGAGAGCUCGCCAAGCUUCUCGCCCAGCCGCAUUUUCGUGCUCUUUUGCGCGCCCAUGAUGAGAUAGGAGCACUCUACGAGCAACGACUUAAAGCUGCCGGGGGAUCCACCAGCCAACUAGAGAUCGCCAGCCAACGCCAAACGGGAGGCUACCUGUUCACCGAGGACGUCCUCAACACCAAGAUGCCAGUGGAGACCAUCAAGAUGGUGGGUCUGCGCCGAGAUCCCAGCAAGCCGCUGGGCCUGACCGUCGAACUGGACGAAUUCAAGCAGCUGGUCGUGGCCAGGAUUCUGGCGGGCGGGGUGAUCGACAAACAGAGCAUGCUGCACGUUGGCGAUGUCAUCCUAGAGGUGAACGGUACGCCCGUUCGCACUCCCGAUGAGCUGCAGGUGGAGGUGUCGCGGGCCAAGGAGAAUCUCACCCUCAAGAUCGGGCCGAACGUGGACGAGGAGAUCAAGAGCGGUCGCUAUACUUGCUACAUGCGUGCCCUUUUCACAUACAAUCCAUCCGAAGAUUCCUUGCUGCCAUGCAGGGAUAUUGGAUUGCCCUUCAAGUCGGGCGACAUUUUGCAGAUCAUCAACGUAAAGGAUCCCAACUGGUGGCAGGCCAAGAACAUUACUGCCGAAUCUGACAAAAUUGGACUCAUACCAUCCCAAGAGCUGGAGGAGCGGCGCAAAGCCUUCGUGGCCCCCGAGGCGGACUACGUUCACAAGAUUGGCAUUUGCGGAACAAGAAUCUCGAAGCGAAAGCGCAAGACCAUGUACCGAUCUGUGGCCAAUUGCGAGUUCGACAAGGCGGAGCUGCUGCUCUAUGAGGAGGUCACGCGGAUGCCGCCGUUCCGCAGGAAAACCCUGGUUCUCAUCGGUGUUUCCGGGGUGGGAAGACGUACGCUCAAGAAUCGGCUGAUCAACAGCGAUGUGGACAAGUUCGGAGCGGUCAUUCCACAUACCAGUCGCCCCAAGCGCGCCUUGGAGGAGAACGGCAGUAGCUACUGGUUCAUGGACCGCGAGGAAAUGGAAGAGGCCGUGCGGAACAACGAGUUCCUGGAGUACGGCGAGCACAAUGGCAAUCUGUACGGCACGCAUUUGCAGUCCAUCAAGGAUGUGAUCAACAGUGGGCGCAUGUGCAUCCUGGAUUGUGCACCGAAUGCCCUGAAGAUCCUGCACAACAGCCAGGAACUGAUGCCUUUUGUCAUCUUUGUGGCAGCGCCUGGCAUGGAGCAGCUCAAGACCAUCUAUGCGGAUCGCAGGGCCACGGGCUCCAACCGGAAUUUAUCUUUUGAUCGCCAGAGUUCCAUAAGAUUCAGCUCCAGACGCGCCCGUACGCUCGAGUCCCUAGCGUCGUUGUAUGAGGACGACGACCUUGUCGCCACCGUCGAGGAGAGCAGCUUCGUCCAGCGCAAGUAUGAGAAAUACUUCGACAUGGUCAUCGUGAACGAGGACUUCGAUGAGACGUUCCGCCAGGUGGUGGAAACGCUGGAUCAGAUGAGCCACGAGGAGCAGUGGGUGCCUGUCAACUGGAUCUACUAGAAUCCCAUGACCCUUUGCAAUUGCGCCUUUAUGCAUAUUGAAGAAUAUAUACUAUAAAAAUCGAAUGCCUAUCAUCACAAUUAAAGGGAUAAUUCCAGUAAUUGAAGCUUAAACUCGCAACACAAUACAAAUUUAGCGAAGAGCAUUUAAAACGCUAGCGAUUUCAAUAUUUAUUGUUGAUUAGACGUGUUUUGCUUGAGGAAUGUAAUGCGUUUUAUUAACUAUGUUUAUCUCAAUUACUGUCAUUUUCCUCUUUAAAUAUAAAUCAUGUAUAUAUGCAAUGUUUGUAUAAGUUGAAAUGCGCCCUCCGUUUACAAUUCAGUUUUCCUUAAGUAUAAGCCUAAUUUUACGAAACGAAUUCGUCCAUUUUACCAUCUCUUGUUUUAUUUUUACAAAUAAUGAAUGAUGUCAACGCAUAUCUCUUCAGUUUAUUAUUUUAACGAAUCUCCUCAGUACAACAACCUUCUGCCAAUAUUUUCGUGUAGUUUUUAGAUUUGUUUGAAUAAAAUGUGUAAGUUUAACGAACUAGUUAAAUGUAUUGAUGUGGAGUUAAACAAACGAAAUACGAAUAAAUUUGGCUCAAAG